AAACACAUAAACGGUAGCCAAAGUUUCCACCCAAUCGCCAUUGCAAAACUCAGCAUAGAAGAAUGUCUGCCACCGUGUACCCUCCCAGUAUGUGGACUGAUGAAGCAAUUCAUUCAUUUACAGACGAUCAGCCCCUUGAAGACCACAAACAAAUGGAGGCAUUGAUAGAAGAGAUCAAAAUCAUGUUUCAGGCUAUGGAGAAUGGGAAAAUAAGCCCAUCUGCAUAUGACACUGCAUGGAUAGCCAGAAUACCAUCCAUUGACAACCCUUACCAACCUCAAUUUCCACAAACACUGAAGUGGAUUGUCUUGAAUCAAUUAACAGAUGGAUCUUGGGGAGGAGAUUCAUGUUAUUUACCACAUGAUAGGCUUCUUGUUACUCUUUCAUGUGUCAUUGCACUUAGAAUAUGGAAAGUGGAGGGAACUAAAGUACAGAAGGCCAUUGAUUUUGUUAACAAUCAAUCCUCACUCUUAGAUGAAAGAGGGUAUAGUAACCUGCCAAGUGGAUUUGUGAUCCUCUUUUCUUCUUUGAUGAAGCAAGCUCAUGUUCUACGCCUGGGCAUUUCUCAUGAAUUACCAUUCAUUAAAAAAAUGCUUGAAAUCAGGGAUGCUUGCCUUAAAGAGAUCGAUAUAGGUGCCUUAUAUAGCCUACCGACAUCUCUUUUGUUUUCUUUGGAGGGGUUGCAAGAGCUUAUAGAUUGGAGAAAAAUUUUGAACCUCUGUUCAAAGAAUGGAUACAUGUUGGGGUCAAUGGCAUCCACUGCCUGUGUUUUUAUGCACACAGGAGACAAAAAAUGUCUGGAAUUCAUAAACUUCGUUGUCCUAACCUGUGGAGACUAUGUACCCUGUUUUUACCCUUCUGAUCUCCAUCACCGCAUUGUUGCCAUUGAUACUGUUGAACAUCUGGGAAUUAGUCGCCAUUUCACAAACGAAAUUAAGAAUGCAUUGGAUUAUGUAUAUAGAUUUUGGAAUAUUGGGGGCAUCGGAAGGGGAAGAUAUGAUACCAUUGCAAAUGUCAAUGAUACAGCUAUGGGCUUUAGAAUCCUCAGACUGCAUGGCUAUGAUGUAUCGUCAGAAAUUCUGACAAUUUUUGAAAAUGAGAAAGGCGAGUUCUUCAGUUUUGCUGACAAAACACAUAGAGAAGUUGAAGGCAUGUUAAGUCUCUACAAAUGCUCCCUUAUAGCUUUUCCUGGAGAAAUGAUAAUGAAAGAAGCAAAAACCUUCACAGAAGCUUACCUUCGAAAUCUUCGUGAUACAAAGCAUUCUAAUGCUGUGGACUACGAAUUGAAAUAUGGAUUCCAUCGAAGUUUACCUAGACUAAAGGCAAGGUCUUAUAUAGAAGGCCUCUGGCUUGCAGAUAAUUCUUGGUUACCGAAUACCCUUUAUAAGUUGCCUUAUAUGAACAAUUGCAAGUAUCUUGAGCUCGCUAAAUUGGACUUCAACGCAGUGCAAUCCAUUCACCAAAAAGAGCUACAACAAGUCCAUAACUGGUGGAUAGAUUCUGGCUUUAGGAAGUUGAAAUUCACAAGGGAGAGGCAUAUAGAGAUAUAUUUCGUUGUUGCAGCUGGCAUGUUUGAACCUGAAUAUGGUGACUAUAGAAUUGCGUUUACAAAAGUUGGUUGUCUUCUUGUUGUUUUGGAUGACCUAUAUGAUAAAUAUAGCUCUUCUGAUGAGAUUAUGUUAUUCAACGAAGCAUUUAACAGGUGGGAUUUAAAUAUAUUAGAUCACAUGCCAGAGCAUAUAAAAAUAUGUUUCUUUGGAUUAUAUAAUACAAUUAGUGAGUUAGCAGAGAGAGCAUAUAAAGUGCAAGGAUGCGAUGUGCUUGAAUACUUCAAGAGAAUGUGGAAGGUUCAACUUGAAGCCUUCACCAAAGAAGCAGAGUGGUCUAAACAUAAGUACGUGCCUGGAUGGGAUGAGUACAUAAAUGUGUCCAAAGUUUCUGGAGGGUUUGGUAUAACUAUUCUCACUUCUAUCCACUUAAUGGGGGAAGUUAUUACCAAUAAUAUCGUGUUCCAAAUUGAUGAGAGAUCAAAAGCUCUCGAUCUUGUGUGCCUAACCACAAGGCUAGUCAAUGAUACCAAAACAUUCAAGGCUGAAAGAGAAUGUGGGGAGUUGGCUUCUGCAAUAGAAUGCUAUAUGAAGGACAAUCCUAAUACGUCUGAAGACACAGCUUUAGAAAAUGUUUAUGGUAUCAUGGAAGAUGGACUUACUGAAUUGAAUAAGGAAUUGUUCAAUUGUACUCAACUGCCAAGUUGCUUUCAAAAUUUACUUCUCAAUUCAGCAAGACUGUCUCAGCUUCUUUACAUGCAAACAGAUGCCUUUAAUAGCUCUAUCCAAGAUAAGAAGUAUAUGGUGGAUAAAUGCCUUUUCCAAAGGAUCAAAUGAAAUUAACUAUGUUGGAGAAAACUACACAUCCAACAUCAACAUGUGUAAAUAUGUUAUAAAUAAUUUGAGAUGUUAAAUAAGUACUCCUAAUAGAAGUCUUUGAUGUUCUAGAAUAGAUAUUUAGAUAUCAAUCAUAAGAAGUGGACUAUCAUAUUUAUCUAUGAUUAUAAAAGUUUUUUAUACUUGAC